CCCGCAUUUGGUCUAUGUACCACGUGACAAUUGUUCAGCUAAAAUAAAAUAGAAUGUUUUCACCUUCACUCGAUUUCCACCAUGGACGCGCCAUUGAAUCCACCGACACGAAUACAGCCUUUCUCAGUGACAUCCAUCUCAACUAAAAGCACCCAGAAACGAAUCGAUGCUUUUAUGAGCGAAUUCCAGGCUCGUACGACAGCGGCGCAGGGAAUAAACACAGCUGUGACAGUGCAGCUGCAGAACUUGCGGGAUGCGCUACGUGAAGAGCAUGAGAGGAGGAAGAAGUGAAAUUAAGGGGCCAGACGUUGCUGUUAAUAAUCUAACCAUUCGGAGCCGCUGAAGUGGUGGUUCCUCGGCGUAUUCUUAUCUGGACUGGCAAGGUAGAUAUCACCGUGAUACAAGUCGCCACUGAGAGUACGGAGUUGAUAUUCUUCCAUGAAGAAAGUGCAGACUGU